AUGCCUGGAAAUUGCUGUUCUAGGAAAUGCCCCUCCGUGCCAGCCAUCUCUCUCUGCUCCACUGAGGUGAGCUGCAGAGGACCCAUCUGCUUACCUAGUUCCUGCCAGAGCCAGAGGUGGCAACUGGUGACUUGUCAAGAUGACUGCGGAUCAUCCAGCUGUGGCCCACAAUGCUGUCAGCCCUCCUGUCCGGUGAUCAGCUGCACCCAACCUGUCUGCUGCCAACCUGUGUGCUGCGAGGCCACCACGUGUGAGCCCUCCUGUUCCGUGAGCAGCUGCUGCCAACCUGUGUGCUGCGAGGCCACCACGUGUGAGCCCUCCUGUUCCGUGAGCAGCUGCUGCCAACCUGUGUGCUGCGAGGCCACCACGUGUGAGCCCUCCUGUUCCGUGAGCAGCUGCUGCCAACCUGUGUGCUGCGAGGCCACCACGUGUGAGCCCUCCUGUUCCGUGAGCAGCUGCUGCCAACCUGUGUGCUGCGAGGCCACCAUAUGUGAGCCUUCUUGCUCUGGGAGCAGCUGCUGCCCAUCUGUGUGCUGCGAGGCUGCUUCCUGCCAAUCAGUCCUCUGUGUGCCCACCUCCUGCCAGCCCAUUAUCUGCAAGCCCAGCUGCUGCCAACCAGUCAUUUGUGAGCCCAGCUGCUGCCCAGCUGUCUGCACUGUGCCUAGUUCCUGCCAACCAGUGGUCUGUGAGCCUGCUUGCUGUCAGCCAGUGUGCCCCACACCCAGCUGCUGUCCCUCCAUGUGCUCUGUGGGCAGUAGCUGCCAGGCUGUUUGCUGUGACCCCAGUCCUUGUGAGCCAUCUUGCUCGGGGCCCAGCAUCUGCCAGCCAUCUCCUUGUGUGGCUCUGGUCUGUGAGCCUGUCUGCCUUCGCCCUGUCUGCUGUGUUCCGAGCCCUUGUGAACCACCUUGCGUCUCUAGCACUUGCCAACAGCCCUCUUGUUGUGUCUCCAGCAUCUGCCAACCCAUCUGCUCUGAGCCCAGCCCCUGCUCACCAAGUGUCUGUGUGCCCCGUCCAUGCCAACCUACCUGCUACAUAGUCAAGCGCUGUCAGUCCAUCUGCUGUGAGCCUGUUUCCUGCCCACCCCCCUCCUGCCAGCCUCCCUGCUGCCGCCCGGGGUCUUCGGCAUCUGCUACCUGCCAACCAACUUGCUCUCGGUCUUUCUACAUACCCAGCUCCUGCAAACAGCCUUGCGUGACUUCGGUUCCCUACCGCCCAAUUUACCGCUCAAUCUACUCCGGACCCCUCACCUACAGGCAGCCCUAUGUGACGUCCAUCUCCUACCGCCCCACCUGCUACCGCCCUUGUUACUCCAUCCUGCGCCGCCCGGCCUAUCUCACUUCAAUCUCCUACCGCCCGGUGAGCUCCUACCUGUCUUGUGCUAACUCCUGCAAACGGGAUUGCAAAAAGCCCACUUCCAGCCAACCGGAUUGUGCCGACUCAACUCCCUGCAAGACGGAAAUCUCAGAUUCCAAUCCCUGCCAGCCCACUGAGAUCAAAUCCACCAGCCCAACCACCCGCGAGGCCACAGCCAGCCAGCCCGCUGCCACCAAGCCUGCCAACUGCUGA